GCAGUUUGGUUUGACUGGAAACUUCAGGCUUCAGUACAGAGACAUUGAAUUUGAUAACGAGUUUGUGAACUUGACACUGCCUUCAGAAAUCAAAGACAAGUCCACAGUUAAAGUUGUUUACUUGCCAGUUGAGUCGGAUGAAGUCUCUCUCAAUGCCACACCCCGGGAAAGAGAUGACUGUUCCACCCCAUGUUCACUAGCUGAUACAGACAUUCUUUCUUCUGCUGAAUCUACCUCCUCAGAUUCUUCACUGAGAUCACAACCAUGGCCCUUGAAAUUCCAAAUACCCGAGUUUAGUUAUGAGGUGCAGUUUCAGUUAGAACAAGGAAACCAAGCCUUCCUUAACAAUGGUACUCUUCUGCAUCCAAGUACCAAACUCAAAUCUGAUAUAUUGCAAAGUUUGGCAUCAGAAAUGGCCAAAUACAAAAUCUAUCCUUCCAGCGCAGAAUUUGAUAAUGUAGCGGAGGCCCUGAUAACAAAAUAUCCAUGCUUAAAGGAGCAAGGUUCAGUCACUGGCUAUUAUGGAUGGAAAAUCAGCCUGAAAUACAAAAUGGCAAACUAUCGAACCAGACUAAGGAACAUCGGCUGCCAAGAGCUGACCAUUAAUUCAGUGAAAGAAAAGAGAAGUGGCAUGGGUCCAGGUCCCAACCAGGUGAAGAAGCCACGGAAGGCAGAAGUCAACUUCUGUCCGGAUUAUCCACCAGGUGAAACUAAAGAGAGCCUUGAGGAAGAAAGGAAAGCUCUUCUACUAGAGGUCAAAAAGAAGAAUAAUGAUCAACUAAUAAAAAGAAAAAUGGAAAAAACCUUUGCCUACCGAAGACAGGAAAUCAUCAAAGACAUGCCAUUCAUUGCAGAGGUCAAAAACAGAUGGCCUGCCCUGUUUUCAGAGACUGAGGUUGUUGCAGAGUUCACCCGCAUCACCAUGGUCCCUUUGUUGUCGACUUUCAUGUCCAAGCUGGACAGCUAUGCUGACCACCUUCUUAGAGUGUUCAAAAAGAAGGGGGGGACAGCUAAACGCAAUAUCAACUUAAUCUUGGCAGCCAUGGAUGGGAAUCCCAGCGUUGAUGUUCGACGGGAAUGCAUUCUGAAAGCUGUCUGUGUCUACUUAAAUGAAAAGCCAGAUGACCUGUUCAAGGAAUUCUUGGAUGUGGAUCUUGGUGCAAGCAGAGAAACGGAGCAGCUGACUUUGGGAGUCUAUGUUGUCAGACAUGAAGGAGCAGACUCUGCAGAUACACCUGAGGACAUUGGUGUCAUCAUAGGAUGCACUGUGCUGCAAGCUCUUAGUGAUGUGGCAAAGGGUUGUGCCCUCCUGCUUGGACUAAUCUACAGUCUAAAUCUGAGCUACCCAAAGCACCUGAAAUACACAUUUGAAUUUCUUCAGAAGGUGCUGAUGGAGUUGGAUGGGAACAACCUAUCCAUGAAGGUGCAGGUUCUGAAAAACAAACUGCUUGAGUGAAACAGCCUGCACUGAACUAUAGAGGACACUGAACUUUAAGGUUCUCGAACCCUUCUCCUUGCACUUCAUAAACUGUUCAGUUUGAAUUGCUGCAAGAACUUCUGCAAGCCUUUCACUUUUCUGCGUUCUUUGUUCUUGAAUCUUUACCAACAUCCAACUACACUGAAAAAGACUGCUCCUAACUUUGGACUUCAGUUUAAGUUUUGCAGCAAAGGUUAUUUUUCUAAAUAUGGACAAAAAUGACACUAAAGUAAUUUCUACCUGCUGUUUGCAGGGCUGUAUUGUGGGAUUUUCAUUGUAGCCCAGUCAAGUUUAAAAUAAGUCAUGUU